AGUCCACUCCACAUUUCCACUCCACCGUUUCAGCAGCACCAGCAACACAGCCAAAGCCCAAAGAGGCGGCAGCAGCACAGCAGCUCGGCCUGUUCCCAUGGCUCCUCUGCUGUUCAGGGACAUGAAGGGGCUGUCGUGCUCGUCCCCGGCGUCCACGGCGAUAUGCCCGAGCCUGGAGCGGCAGCCGAUGGUCCGGCCACACAAGGCCAUUGCCAGUGCCAGCCCCCUGUCUCACGUCCCUGCCGCGCCCAGGACACACCGGCACGACGGUAAGAAAGGGCGGCAGCAGGAGGAGCAGCAGCAGCGAAAGGCUGUCGUCGUCGGAAACGCCGGUGGCCUCGUCAGCCCGGCUGGCUCGUCCCGCUACUUGCUGAGCGGCCGCUUCGCCGCCACCGAGGAGAUCCAGGAGGUGGAGUCUGCCCCGGCCGUCGACGUCAAGCCCAAGCGGGAGGAAGCAGGUGAAGCUGCUGCUGAUGCGAAGAGCGCGCAGGCGCAAGAGCAGGCGCAAGAGCAGGUGGUUGUGCUCAAGGUAUCCCUGCACUGCAAAGCAUGCGCCGGGAAAGUGAAGAAGCACCUCUCCAAGAUGGAAGGCGUGACGUCGUUCAACAUCGACUUCGCGGCGAAGAAGGUCACGGUGGUCGGCGACGUCACGCCGCUGGGCGUGCUCAGCAGCGUGUCCAAGGUGAAGAACGCCCAGCUCUGGGCGGCGCCGCCGGCGAUAGCCGCCUGAAGGAAGGACGAGAAGGAAACGGGGGCCCGGAAACCGAAUCAGCAGCCUUUUAGGCCCCCCUAUCCGUUGCGGUUGGCCGGCCGUGGCUGGUGGUAGGGGGAGGAAGAGGAGUGCGUGCGUAGGCGUAGCUGGAGAAGGUGUCCGUACGUACGUAGCCAGGCACGGCACGCGUGACGCGUGUGGGGGCACUGCCGGCCAGCACGCUGGGCCAGUGCGACACUGUGAGCCUGCGCUGGUGUGUCUCCUCGACCAGCAUGCGUCCACCGCGUGUCCGUGUGCUGCCACUUGAAUGCAGAUUUGGUUCUUUCCUGUGGUCGUCUUGUGAGUUGUGUUGUGACCCUCCUUUCCUCUCCUUGUUUGCUGUGGUUGGUUGGCGACAUGCAGUGGUGGUGGUGGUGGAUGCGAUCUUGCUUGCUGCUGCUUGAGUGCUUUCAUCUGUUUCUGUUAUGAUGAACAGGUAACUCUGCCUUUUUUUC